AUGCACCUUCUCACCAUAACUGAAAGUUCUCCCUACGAGGACAGUCCCCACACUGUGACCCCCACCCAGCCCUGUCCCUUCUCUCUUCCAGCCCAGACCCUUGGCCUCAUUGGUGCCCAGUCUACCCAGCUCCUCGUUGAGCCCCCCUGGAGGCCCGCAGUACUGUGGGACCGGGUGACACUGAACUGCCAGUGCUCAGGGACCACCGGUGCCGCCACCUGGUACAAGGAUGGGCAGCACUGGGGACAGCAGGGACGAGACCGAAUCACUGUUACCAAGAGUGGCACCUACACAUGUUACAGACCCAGCACCGGGCUCAGCCCCACCAUGAGAGUCUUAGAUGGGGGGCUGGUGCUGCAGGUGCCAGCACAGGCACUGCUGGAGGGGGACACCAUGACACUGCGAUGCCGAGGCAGUCAGGACAACCCAGUCACCAGGGUGCGAUUUCUCUGGGACAAGAAGGAUCUGCGGUGGUUCCUCAGGGGAAACAAGCUGUCACUGUCCCCUCUGCAGCUGCAAAACAGUGGCCGCUACCGCUGUGAGGGUUUGGUGAAAUCCUGGCUGAGAAGGUCAGCAGCAGUGACAGUGACAGUGCAUGAGCUCUUCCCAGUGCCGGUGCUGGAGGGUCCCCCUGAGCCCACCAAGGGUUCCCCCCUGGCUCUCAGCUGCCUCAGCACCCCCAGCCCCGUGCAGCCCCGAGCCUCUCUCCUGCACGUGUUCUACUGGGAUGGGCAGGUGGUGGGGGGCCCGCAGGGGUCCCCGCAGCUGCUGUUGCCCACAAUAGGGGUCUCCCACUCGGGGAAUUACAGCUGUGAGGUGCGCUCCAAGGAGGGGAAUGUGCGGAAGAGCAGCGCCCGGAUCCACGUCACUGUGCACAGGGUCCCACCCUCGGGGGUAUCCCUGUUGGUGCAGCCCCCCGGGGGACAGGUGGCAUCUGGGGACAGCCUGGUACUGAGCUGUGCAGUGGCCACAGGGACAGGUCCCCUGUCCUUCUCCUGGAACCUGGAGGGCUCAGAAGCAUCGCUGGGCACCGGGCCCCGUCUGGAGCUGUGGCACGUUGGGGACAAUGACAGCAGCCAGUACCUGUGCCGGGUCAGUGACGGGGACAGCGUGGCCGAGAGUGACCCCCUGAAUGUCACCGUGCUGGUGCCUGUGGCCAAUGCCACCAUCACCCCCGGUCCCCUGGCACACCAGGUGCGCGCAGGUGAUCCCGUGACCCUGCGCUGCCCGAUGCAGGUGGGCUCAGCCCCUGUCACCUUCACCUGGCUGCACAAUGGGACAAAGGUGGCCCAGGGUCCCCUCCUGGAGCUCGGGGACGUCAAGGUGGCACAUUCGGGCACCUACCAGUGUGUGGCCACCAACCAGCUGGGACAGGACGGGCACUGCGUGUUCUGGGUACUCAGCCCCGAGCUGGCCCUGGAGGUGACACCACGGGGACACAGGAACACAGUGGCCACAGGGGUCGGUGGCGCCCUUUUGUUCCUGGUCCUGCUCGUGGGUGUCAUUGUGGCCUGGCACCAGUGGCACUGAGUGGCCACCAGGAAGCACCAGGAAAGGGCUCUGCCACAUCCCCCUGCACCCCCAGAGGAGGGGGAGGUGCUGUACACCCACGUUGUUAUCACCCAGAGGACAGGGGCGUCCCCCCAUGCCACCACACUCUGGGAUCUCCAGGUGACCUAUGCGGAGCUGCGGGGGCCACACGGGCAACCUCAGGAACCCAGUGACAUCUACAGGAAUGUGCUGUGACACCGGUGGGGAACUGGGGGGCACUGGGGGUCCCA